UAAUCUUAACCAGCCAGAGGAACGCUGACGUCACAGUGUUCUAGAGUCAGAAUUCCGGACUUCUGCGUUCUGAGAGGCCCCGCCCCGAACCUCCGCUAGGAGGCGUGGCUGUGCGAAACCCAGUUAAGGGCGAAGCUCUCGUUUGAAGACCGCAAUGAGAGUCGUGGAUGAACAAACACAAGGACUCUGAGACCGGGUUAAAAGCGAUGCCAAGCGGGAUCACAGCUCCAUAAACACAGGGAGUGCUUGCUGGCUGGCGGUGUUAGAAACGGAAACAUAAACAAGAAGAGGAACGAGGAGGAGGAAGGGAAUUUGAACUGAAACGAUUCCCACAUGGCAGACCAAGCGCAGACCCGGCAGGGCACCACAGCGAUCCACGACCUUUCCGUUUUGCCCCCCCCGGCGCCCUACGACCCAGCCAGCCCCACGCAGUUCCGACAGCCCACCUUCCCCCUCCGCAGCCCCCUCUCCCUCCCCAAACAGGGGGUCCUGGACGAGAGCCGGUCCUGCAGGAGAAGGCGUGUGUGGCUUCGGAUGCUGCACAGGAGAGUGAAGCAGGAUCGCAAGCAAGCCUUCAGCCAGCUCUCUCUGGGCAACUGCCUGAUACUAGACUCCACUGUACCAGUCCCGGGCAGCCCUGCCCCGAAACCAGACCCCCAGCCCUUGACCCUCCCGGAUUCUGAACUGGUCGAGCAGGAGCUGAGCAAAGCGGAGAGCGCCCCCCCCAGCCUCUCCGGCACCCCCCUGGACGGGGAGGAGGGUCUGACCCUGGAAGGGGUGCUGGACCUCCUGCAGCAGCUGCAGUAUCACACCCACCAGCAGGGCGGCGUCAGCAUCUGUCCGGAUUUCCUCGGGGGCCGCUGCCCGCAGGGGGGCCAGUGCCCGCUCCACCACACUGCCCUCCCCUACCACUGGCAGCUCCGCAGGAAAGGGACCUGUCGCUGGGAGAGCGUCGGGCAGGAGGCCAACGACCUCCUGGAGAGGCUGUACUGCAGCCCGGAUCACAGCUACGUCACGCUGCGUGUGCGGGACCAGGCUGCCACGCUCAGUCUGGAUGAGAUGAAGGUGUCUCGCUGGCAGGGCGGGGGGGGUGUGGUGUACGACGCGGCCCGCCGGCUCAGCACUGCGCCGGAUCCCAGCAGGGAAUUCCACACCCAGUACAGAUACUACUGGAGAGACGGGGCGGGCUGGGAGGAGUACUCCAAGGAGUUCAGCGCCACCAUCUCCAGCGCUCUCAGUAUGAACCAGCCCCUCGUCUCUCUCUCCUCCUCCUUGCAUUGCUAUUUCCUGUCCCUCAAGGAGUGCUUUCAGCUCAACGUGUCGACGGGACGAAGGCGAGACCUCCGUGUGAGACCCCUCUUCCAAUCCCCUGCUGUGCUCUUACCCCAGCUCAGAACGCUCUCCGGUAGCCCCUCCACGGGUGUCCCCUCCGCCCCUCUGAACCCCGCAGAGAGCAGCCCGUACCCCGAGACGUGGGUCCCCCUGGACCCCUCCCUGUACUUCCAGCAGGUUCCCCUCACCCUCGAGGACCCAGCCUUCCGCGUGGUCUACCAGCACUUCCACAAGACCAUGCCCGAGUCUCGCUACCUCCUCCUGGGCAUCUCUCGCGUUCAGAACCCCUUCCUCUGGGACAAGUACAAGUGUAAGAAGCAGCACAUGUCCCGGCGCAUGAGCCCGGAGGAGAGACUCCGCAACGAGCGGCACCUCUUUCACGGGACGUCCCGUUCCUCCAUCGAGGCCAUCUGCAAACACAACCUGGACCCGCGGCUGUCUGGCAAGCAUGCCGCCAUCUACGGGCAAGGCUGCUACUUCGCACGUACCGCGGCCUACUCCCACCGCUACGCCCCCCGAGACCAGCAGGGGGAGCACCACGUCUUCCUGUGCAAGGUCCUGGUGGGGCGUUCGGCCCCCGGCCGGCCCGAAAUGCGCCGCCCCCCGCCGAUCCACCCGGACGACCCCGCUAGCGAUCUGUACAACUCCUGCGUGGAUAAACUCCCCGAGCCGGCUCUGUUCGUGGUGUUUGAGAAUGAUCAGUGCUACCCUUACUUCCUGAUUCGAUACAAAGAGCUGGAGCCAUCGGUGACGGUGGAGUGAAAGCUGGAGGAGAGAGGGAGAGAGAGAGAGAGAGAGAGAGAAGGGAGGGAGGGAGGGAGAGAGAAGGGGGGAACAGAGGUAAAAGAAUGAAAAGGAGAGUCCUGAAACCCGAGGCGUUCCUUCGACCCAGCGCGGCACGGAUUGCCAAGAUAGUUUCCCAAGCUCCAGGAAUGGAAUGAAAGGGAAGGGGAGCCAGGAACCAGGACCAGAUCUUAUUUUCUCGGACGAGGAAGCACCCGCCAACCGAACACCCACCCCUCCCACCCCCCACCCUCCUGUAUCCAGAUCUGCAAGCGGAAAGCAAUUCAGCGAUUCACAAACCGGGAGAUGCAGCUUGCGAACUUAACAGAAUGAAACUGCGUAAAAAGGCAAGACGCCAGGAGAGAACAGGACUGUGCAGCACAGAGAGCCAGCGAGGAGGUUCGAGAGGCAGCAGCCCUGGUUUAUGAAGGCCAGCGUGGAGCGGACCGACUCGUUCGUGUUCGCUGGGCUUGGUUUUGAGGGCUGUCGUUUCGCCCCGUGGAGCAGGACAGUAAACUUAAGCCCGCGUCGCUCGAGUCUCCUGCACGAGUCUUGAAGUCGGGGCUGUGACGGAUUUUGCGGUGGGAAAAUCGUGUUGAAAAGGACAGCGUGUUGGGAGAUUUGUUUAAACUGUACGAGAAUCUUUAUAACACUCAGGAAUUAUUAUUAUUUUUUAAAUGUGUUUGUUUGCUCUUAACCAUGCAGUUUCGUCUUGUGUUUUCACAGAUAAACAGUUUUUUAUGUAGUAUUUUUUGUAUUCCUAUUAUUUAUUUUAAAAAACGUUUGUACAAAGAAAAAAAAAUGCAGUGUAUUCACAAAAAAUAAAAAGCUUCCCUUUCUCA